AUCAUGCCGAACCCCUUCGCUGCUCUGGACGACAGUCCGAUCGAGGCCUCGGCCCCGGCUGCGGCUGCGGCUGCUCCUGCUCCCGCGGCCAAGCCCGUCGCCCCUAAGGCUGCGGCCCCUGCCGCUGCGACCGAGCCCGCUCGUGGCCGUGGUCGUGGCCGUGGUGGCCGUGGCGGUCGCGGUGGCCGUGGUGGCCGUGGUGGCCGCUCUGAUGGUGGUGAGGGCGCUGUUACCGGCGGCGAGCCCACUUUCGAGCGUGACGAUCGUCAGGCUGCCAACCGCUCGCACCGCCGUGGUCGUGGUGGUGCCCGCUCGGACCGCAAGCCCCGUAACCCCCGCAGCCACGAUGUGGAGAAGCGCGAUGGUGCUGGUCCCGCCAACUGGGGCAGCACCACCGAUGAAGUCAAGGAGGGUGCCGCUGCCCUCGAUGCUCCCGCCACUGAGGCCUUUGUUGAUGAGGAGGCCGUUGAGCAGGAGGCUGAGCCCGAAGAGGCCACCAUGACUCUUGACGAGUUCCUUGCUGCCCAGGCCGCCAACGGCUCGCAGCAGGCCGCGGCCAAGCGCCAGGCCAACGAAGGCCAGGAUGAGUCCAAGUUUGGCCGCAAGCACGAGCGCAAGCCGCUCGAGGACGAGAACGCCGCUGCCAAGACUGGCCGCGCUCGCCAGCAGCGCAGCGCGCAAAAGGUGGCCGUUGCGUCUGAGUUCCGCGUUGGCAGCAAUGUUGACGACUCGUUCCGUGGUCGCGGCCGCGGUGGCCGUGGCCGUGGUGGCCGCGGUCGUGGUGGUGCUCCUCGUGAUGCCGCCGCUCCUGGUGGUGAGGAGGCUAGCCGUGGUGGCCGUGGUGGCCGUGGCCGCGGUGAGGGCCGUGGUCGCGGCCGUGGCCGUGGCGAGGGUCGUGGUCGUGGUGAGGGCCGUGGUCGUGCUGGCCGCGGUGCUCAGGGCCGCACCCCCGAUGUCUCCAACCAGGACGAGUUCCCCUCGCUCUAAGGCAUUUUCUGCACGCUCUCGAUCGGCGUUCGUUGCCUCGCACAGAGACAGCCCGCAGGACGCAAUAGCUGGAUGUGACAUGUCGAUUGGUGUGGUGGCUUCAUCGGUCUUCCGGAACCGGGGGAAGAAGAGGCAACAAGCUUGGAGGAGCAGGGCAAUUUAGCAACACACGGGCUGAUGUGACUGUUGUUUUUUCAUUGUGUUGAGUUUGUAUUGUUCACCUCUCUGCCCUUGCUACCCGUUGUUUGCUCUUGCAACUUGUUGACUUGCUUCUUCUUCCCCAAUCUGGCUGCCUCGAUGAAGUUUCCUCCUAGGCACCUUUGCUGGCGUGUGUCUCAUGUCCCGUGCCCUUUGCGCAUCCCUGCCAACCGGCCUCCUUUUUUUUCUUUUUUAUAAAAAAGUCUGGCAUGAAAAUUGACAAGAAAAA